GGAGGAUUUCCCCAAUGAGGAUAUCGUCAACGAUCUCCGGGCAUCUCUCGGAAUGCCUCACGACGAUGCAAAUGAUUGGGGCGAGUUUUACGACGGGCGCACACUCGUCUACGAGCGCCCGCCUGCUGCUCGGCUUUCCGGCCGCAACAGCCCGUAUUACGUGGAGUCCUCUUCCGAAUCGGAGGACGAGUCAGACUCUGAGCCCUCAGUGCCCACCAGGAUUCCGCAGCCCUUGGGCCCCUCGUACC